CAUCGACUAUCUCUCCCGGGUGGAGAAAGAGAUGGAGGUGCUCAAGACGUCCCAGGAAAUCGUCCAUGAAGGAUGGCUCAUCAAAUCGCCGCCCACCAAGCUCUGGAGAGCGAGAUGGAGAAAACGAUGGUUUGCCCUUCGUCAUAGUGGAGAGCUGCCUGGUCAAUACUUUUUAGAAUAUUAUACAGAUAGACGCUGCCGUAAGCUCAAAGGUCGUAUUGAUCUGGAUCAGUGUGAACAGGUUGAUGCAGGUCUUCGUUUUGAAAAUCGUAAACAGAAGUAUCAGUAUAUGUUUAAUGUAAAAACACCGAAGAGGAUCUAUUAUUUAGUUGCUGAGAACGAAGCGGACAUGAAUAAAUGGGUAGAUGCUGUGUGCCAAGUUUGCGGUUUGAAGGCCUACACUCAGGACGAGGAACAACAAAUGUUCCAAUACGAGUCUCAAGAAUCCCCACCUACUUCGCCCACUAGCACGAUCUCUGGUCCUUACAUUCCUAUUAGCGAGUGCAUUUCCGGUCGUCGGCUCAAUGAUACCAGUUCCCUGAGUUCGGCUCUUGGACAGGGACCCGAACAUUACGACGCGCCGAGAAGAUUGGCACCCUCGCCACCGCGAUCACCCACGACAACGGAUGCCGAGAGCGUUUUUACCGACGAUGAAUGGACAACGUGUGUGCCGAGUGCGAAUUGGGACACGCUUCCUUCAACGGGUGAUUCGCGACAACCUCAUGGUCCGGCUGAUCAUGAGAUUGGCUCGUGGAGUGUAAAGAAACGCUUCGGCAAGCUCAGGAUUGUCGAUUCUGCAAUACCACCAGCCGUGGAGAAAUUGCCAGCACCGCCCAGACCACCGAAACCGCCUCAUAUGUUACCUGAAAAUCCUGGUCACAACUACCUGAAUCUAGAUGGUGCUACCGAAAGCUCGAAACCGAGCACUCCGGCGACGCCGGCGCCGACGACGCCUGCUGCCGCUAUAACAACGACAACGGGUGCCGUGACCGAUGAGUCAUAUGAUUUUCCUAGAUCUCAUCAACCACAAGCGGCACAAACAACCGUCGAGAGUAAUACGGCAGCGAUCGAACAGUCGUCGAAACAUUUCUACUCAAACGCUGCACCGAGUACCAUCAAUGACGAGACGCAGAAUGUGUUCCGCUAUGAUUUCCAUGACGUCGAGCCGUCAAGUCCGCGCUCUGAAAACUCGACCACGACAUACUCGAAUUUAUCGAGUCCUGUCGUACGAGAUGCUUGUUCGAGCGGUGUACCAACUACCAUGGCGCCACCUCCGCCUAUGGUGUACAGAGAGUUAAAGCCGGGCAGGAAAACUAGUGACUCAAUGUCUAUCGUAAGCAAUGAACCAUCACCGGGUCCGACAAUAGCACCAUAUGAUGUGAGUUCCGCUGAACAUUCUCCAGCCGAACCGCCGACCAUCAACAGGAAGUUGAAGCCAUCAUUGAAUAAAUCACCAGUGGAAGCACCUCAUCUACAAUUAGCGUCUCCACCUGGAAGAGGAAGGAUACGGGCGGCACCCAGUCCGACACCUCCGUCGCAUGUGCAUUCGAUACGUCAUCAAUCGACGUCAGAUGAAGACAGUAACACAUUCGAGGAUAGAGAAGAGAUAUACUAUUAUCAAGAUCAUAACACAUUCAUUCCGGCGUCUAAUCGCUUAGUAGUGCUGCAGUAUCUGGAUCUCGACUUAGAAACGACAGAGAGCUUUAAUUCCUCAACAUUACCUCCCGCGCAGCCCCUCCCAAAUACGACUGUGUACAAAACCGUGGAUUUCGUGAAGACGGAAGCUUUUAAUCGUACUCGGCAGCGAGUGGAGGAGGAGAGAAAACUGUGCACGGAUGAGUUAACGUAGGGAGUGAACUUGUAUUAUACGAACCAUAGAUAGAUCAUAUGAAUGUUAAAUAGUUUAAGUAAUGUGUGUGGACUUUUUGUUAUGUUAUAUAGACGAAAGAAAGGAUUUUGUUCUAUUUUAAGCACAUUAGAAUAGUACUGCGUGAGAAAUACAGACGAACUUGAUCGUGGUAUCGACGCAGUACUCACAGAAAAACAGCGUUCACCGCUUUACGAAGUAUAUCGUUUUAUUCUUUACGUAGCGGCGGUUAGCUUCACAAAUUGGCUAUGCAAUUAGAAGAGGGAAUCGGAUUGAAGUAUUGUACAGAGCAAUGUAAAACGGACCA